AUGCCUGUCCUAAACGUCAGCGAACUCAAUAUUGUAUUGACAAUUAUUGGUGCUUUCAUCUUGGGAUUCGGCGUCAUCUCGGUCCUCAUCAAGAACCGAUGGCUUCUCGGCGAAGCUCUCCCUGCUAUGACCCUUGGUAUCAUUCUUGGUCCACUAGCGGCCAAAUUUCUAGACUCUUCGCGAUGGGGCUCAGCCGAACCAGGCCAAGUAUCUGAGAUCACGCUGGGCAUUACACGAGUGGUUAUCGGCGUCCAGCUUGUCAUUGCUGGUUUUCAACUGCCGGCCAAGUACCAAAAGCUUCGGUGGAAGGAGAUGCUCAUGCUCAUGCUUCCCGUCAUGACAAUCAUGUGGCUGUGCUCGACUCUCUGCAUGAUGGCCACCAUCCCCAAGGUGACCCUGCUGGCGACCUUGGUUAUGGCUGCUUGCAUCACCUGUACCGAUCCCGUUUUGUCACAAGCCGUUGCCAAGGGCCCCUUUUCCGACAAGUUUGUCGCCAGAGACCUCAGAGAAAUCAUCUCUUCGGAAGCCGGCGCUAACGAUGGCUUUGGUUUUCCGUUUUUGUUGCUGGCGACCUAUCUCAUGCGGGCCCAGACCCCCGAGGCAUCGACACUCGUCGCUCGGGCCGGAGAGGAAGUGGUGAGACAUGGCGGAGGAGUAGGCCAGGCGAUUGGCAAAUGGUUCCUCGAAACAUGGCUCUACUUUGUGCUCAUGUCGAUUGCUAUCGGUGUUGUGGUUGGAUAUGCUGCUGGGAAGGGGCUGAAGUUUGCCUUGCAACGCAAGUGGGUAGACUCUGAGAGUUAUGUGCUCUACCCCACUGCGCUCGGUCUGUUCUUGCUUGGUGUCUGUGGCAUGAUCGGGGGUGACGAUUUGCUGGCUUGCUUCACCGCUGGCAGUGUCCUAAACUGGGAUGGUGAAUACAUGUGCGAGACAUUGGAACGACAUGAUGAGGUAAACUCAUCCGUUGAUGUCCUCCUCAACUUUGGAGGCUUCAUGUACCUCGGCACCGUGAUCCCAUGGAGCGAGUUCCAUCAGCCAGACACGACCGGCAUCACAGUUCCCCGCCUUAUCGCCCUCGGGUUCCUCAUCCUUGCCUUCCGCCGCAUCCCUGCUAUUUUUAUCAUGUACAAGUUCAUGCCGAACGUCAUCAAGAACUGGAAGGAGGCCUUGUUUAUGGGAUACUUUGGCCCCAUUGGAAUCGGAGCUGCCUUUUACGUCGAACACACCAGGCAUCUUUAUCCGAAACUCGCCGACGCCGAUGAAGAGAUGGGUAAUUUGCUGAGGGCUAUCGGGCCAACGGUGUAUUUCCUCGUCUUCUUUUCCAUCGUCAUUCACGGUCUUUCCAUCCCCGCCUUGAACGCAAUUUAUGGCUGGUACGGUGUCCAGCCAAUCCAGGACGAUGCCAUGCUUUUCGAGCGCAAGUCUAUCCGCGUCCCGACCCCCGUCAACGCCGAGGUCGGUGACGAUCACACGUUUAUCGCCUACAACCGCUUCUCACGCCCCGUUUUCGAUGAUGCCGAGUUGCCGACAUUCGACCGCACCGUUUCCAUGGGUCGCAGGUCGAUGAGCCGCGUUUCGAUGGGCCGCCGAUCCAUGAGCAGAAUCUCUUUGAGCCAAUACCCUACCAUCAGCAGGGCCCCCACCAUCAGUAGAGUGCCUAGCCAGAACCGUGACCGUGACCGGGAAGAGAAAGACGAUCCGGCCGAUUCAACUGGCACCUCUAGCCUUUCGAGCUCAGCGGAAACCAAGGCGCCCGAGGUUGAGACCCCGUUGACCCCCACUCCCCAACCUGCACAGACAAUAGAGACGCCUGGGUUGGGACGUCCAACAACUAUAAAGUACGCGGUAUAG